AUGACGCCUCCGACGAUUCGCGGGGUAUCUCUCUUUCUCGCAGACGUGCGCAGUUGCCCGUCCUCGACCCACGAGCGAGCACGCGUGCUGCAGGAGCUCGCCAAGGUGCGGCAGCGCUUCAUGCACCCCAAGAAGCCGCUGACCGGCUACGAGAAGAAAAAAUGCCUCACCAAGCUGCUCUACGUGCACCUGCUCGGCUACCCAGUUGAUUUUGGGCACGCCGAGGCACUGUCUCUCCUCAGCUCGCCGCACUACUCCGAGCGCGCCGCAGCAUACCUCUUCUGCUCGCUGCUUCUCGUGGACUCUGAGACCGCCGGGCUCGCCCUCGCCGAGCUGCGGCGCCUCUGCUGGACAUCCAUCAAAAAAGACAUCUCCUCGCAAAAUGAAGACUUUGCUGCCCUCGCGCUCGACUGCGCCAGCCACGCGACAGACCGAAAGGCCGCCGCAGAUCUCUUUCCGCAGAUGCAAGCGCUCGCGAAUCCUUCCUCGUCGGCUCCGCCGCUGCUGCGGCAGAAGGCCUACAGCUGCAUGUUGUUGUUUUUCCGCCUGGAGCCUUCGCUGAUGCCCUGCGGAGUCUGGGCGCCGCGGCUGGGGCAGGCGCUGCUUUUUGAGCAGGACGUCGCGGUGCUGCUGGCGCUGACGAACUUGAUUGUCUUCGCAGUCUCCCGGACCCAGAGCCUCCAUCGCUGGCAGCAGCAGCUGCAGCUCUCCGUGAUCAACACGCUCGCGCGCAUCAUCUCCAGAGACGUCCCGCACGCCUUCGUCUACCACGGGGCGCCCGCGCCGUGGCUCGCGGUGCGGCUGCUUCAGCUCCUCCAGCUUUUCCAAGUCGCUAGAGAAGACGCGCGCGGAGAUGGCGACCGCGCCGCGGCUCCCGACGAAGACACCGUCAUUGAACAGCAGCGCGAGGCCGUCGUGCUCGCCCUCAACGAAAUCGUGAAAAACGUCUUCGCGCAGACCUUCGGUCCCGUCGAAGAGGAAGUGCUUCGCGCGGGUUCGUCUUCGGCGCUUCGCAUGCGCAAGACGCAGUCCUUCUCCGCCUUCCGCGCCUCGCUCGCUGCGCGUCUCAGCUCGCUCUCGCGCUUCGCGAAGCAGCCAGGCGCGGCAGACGGCGCGCGGCGGAAGAGCUCUGGGGCUUCCAAGAGUGGCGAAGGUGCCGCGCCCGCGUUCGAGCCUCCAUCAGCCAUACAGCACGCGGUGCUAUACGAGGCCGUCAACCUAACUAUCCACUUGCAGGCGGAGGGCGACCGGGAGCUGCGCCACUCCGCGGCGGCGCUGCUUUGCUCCUUCAUCGAGGAAGGCAACCCGAAUUACCGAUACAAGAGUCUCUCUCUGAUGGCGGCGAUGGCCGCCGACCCUGAUGUGCAGCCCGAGCUGCGCAACUCGAUCCCUUCGAUUCUCCGCCUGCUCAAAGAAGACGACGUUUCGCUGCGGAGACAGGCCGUGAGUCUCUUGUUCGCCCUCAGCGGUCCCGAAAACUGGAGCGAAAUCGUCUUUGCGCUGAUGGAAAGCCUCGAGCGCGACGCGGGCAGCCUGCAAGACGAGGUCACCGUGCAAGUCGCCGUCCUCGUCGAAACCUACGCACCCGAUCCAACCUGGCUCGUAGAUCUGACGUUCAAAAUGCUUCAGUACGCGCCGCAGCACGUCCGCGACGAAACCUGGGUGCGCGUGAUUCAAGUCGUCGCGGGGAGCUCGCCGGCGGACGCCGAGGCGGAGGAAAAAAAAGGAAGGAAAAUCGAGACAACUGCGACAGUUAACCGGCCUGACCCUGCGCUCCAGCGCUACGCAGCCGGCCGAGCCGCAGAGUUUCUUGAAGACGCCUUCCUCAACGAAACCCUCCUGAGGCUGUGCGCGUAUUUGCUGGGGGAAUUCGGCCAUUUGAUCAAAGGCCGCGUCCCCGGGCGCCGGCAGGUCGAGGCGCUGCUUUUCCACUUUCGGCGCUUUUCGUCUUCGUCCGCGUUCCUGGCUCCAGGUCACUUCCCUCCCUUCACGUUCGUUCCACUCAGCGACGACCCGCCGGCUGCCUCAGCCUGCCCGCUGCUGCCUCUGCUUCUCUUUGCGCUCGCCAAAGUCGCGCAUGCGUAUCCGGCUGAAGCCGCGCCCGUCCUCAAGCUGCUGCAGGAACUCCAAGACAGCAGAGACCUCGAGUUGCAGACGCGCGCCGUCGAACUCGCUGCCCUUUUCCAGCUGUCAGAUCGCCAGUUCGUGAGCCAGACACUGUCGCUUCUUCCGCCGUUCCGCCGGGGACAGCUGCUGUCACGUCCGCUGCCGCCAGGCGCGUUGGCAGGCCCUGGCGGAGGCCGGCGCACGCGGAUUGGGGCGAAUCGCGCAGCGGAGGAGCGGCUCGCUGCGCAUCUCAAGUCUUCGCCACUCGCGACGAGGGAGACCUUUUCCGCUUCUCUCGGGUCUUUUCCGCCGCACUCGGGGGGGGAGGCGAGCGCGCCUCGAGCGGAGCGACGACGGCGGGUGUUCGCCGCAGGCAAGCGCGAAGCGUUCGAGGAAGAAGAGGAGGGCAGCAGUAUCUCUGCGAGUCACAGCGAGGCGAGCUCGUCCAGCGGCACCAGCGGGGCGAGACGAGGGCGAAGCAGUGCCGCAGACAGCGACGACGACGACGGCGGAGCAGAGAGCGCCAGAAGCAGCGACAGGGGCCCGCGGCGCGGCGUGCGCGCGUGGAGGACUCGAAGCUCUCGCGAGGCUUCAAGCGACUCGCAGGCGUCUUCGCAGACCUCGGCCGACUCGUCUUCUCAGGCAGAGAACGACGCGGAGAGUGGAGGGAGCAGCGAGGAAGACGACGAGACGGAUGGGGACGACGAGGGAGGAAGAAGAGAAGAAGAGAUGGCGAGGAAGCGACAGCAGCAGCUGCUCGAGCUUCUUCGAAGCCAGCCGUUCCCGGCCGCGCAGACGGCAAACCCAGGCGCCGAACAUAAUCGCGAACUGUGGAGGCGGGCGUGUCUCACCUCGCAGGGGACUCUCUUUCUCCUGCCCCGUUUUCUCGAGGUGUUUGUACACCGCAAAUUCGAUAAAAAAGACGGCGCACUGCUGCUCGAGUGGAGGAACCUGAGCCCCGACAAGGUGCUGAGGCUGCAGAGAGGAGGCACGCAGAACGUCGCGGGCUUGCUGCUGAAGGACGAGGGUUUUCGGCAGGGCGAUGGAGGCGGCGCGGAGGACGACACCGGCGGAGGCUUUGUGGCGAUUCCGCCGAUGCAGAAGGUGGUGCAGAGAGUCCGCCUCAGGUGCAUGCGACCCUUCGCACAGGCGCCAAUGGGGUGUUGCCUUUUGUGCCGAUCUGUUCAGCCCGAGCAGCAGGUCCAACUGCCUCUCACGCUGCCUGUGGUCAUGACGAAUUUCGUCCUCCCCGCGACCGGCGUGAGAGAAGGCUCGGUUUUUCUUCGCUACUGGAAGCAGCUCCAGACAUCUCGCGAGCGGGAGGAGGGCCGCGAAGACGGAGAGAACAAGGAGAACGUCCUCACAGGGCCUCUCGCGCUCCCGCCGCAGCACGUGGUGGUGUUCAUGGGCGCAGGCUUCAACUUCCAUGUGAUAAAAGUGGGGAAGAACUUGUGCGGAAGCGGAACUUUCCACACCGGCACCCCUGCGGCGGGCGAGGCGAGCGGCGCGGAGACGCGCUUUGUGUGCGCGUCCUGCAUGUGCAUGAUAGAGCUGGAGAAUCCCAACGCCGACCGCUUACUGGCGCGCAUUACAGUUCGCGCGGCGCAUCCUCUCGUCUCGCUCUACGUGUCGCGGCUGCUGGGCUCCUACCUGCUGGGGUGGCCUCCUUCGGUGACGUCGCCGCCGUCGCCGCCGUCGCCCGCCGCGCCCUAUCCGUACGCGGUUCAUACAGCGGGCGCGGAGACUGCCGCCAACAUUCUCUCCAACGGGGCGGACCACGUGGCUCCGAUGCCCCCCGGAAGCCACCUCGCUGCACACGUGGGCGCUGCACAGAGCCUGACAGCCGGUGCGCCGUUUUUACCGUCCGCGGCGAGAGGGGCUCCGCCUGGCGUGCCGCCGCAGUACGUUGCUUCACUGAGUCGUGUGGGAAGUCACUUUUAG